AUGUCUCUUGGGCCACCAGAAAAUAUUUCAAAACGUUUUUCGGUUGCAACACCCGAGGCAGAAACCCCUCCAUUACUUGACCACUCUCAUUUAAAACCUGGCCAUAAGGCUUCUCUACUUUCUCAUGCUCAAACUCUUGAACUAUAUCGUCUAAAUGCAAAAAAAACUAACGACCCAAAUCUUCAGUUCGAGUUUGCUGCUUUUAUGGUUGAAGCUUCAAGAGCUAUGAAUGACGAAGAAGCAAAGAAACGAGACGAACUUGUUAAAGAAGGCAUGGCUUUACUAAAAAAACUUGCUGACAGAGGUCACGCAAAUUCUCAAUAUUAUCUUGCUGACUGCUAUGCAAGCGCGAUUGGUACUCCAAAGAAUAAACCAGACUUUGAUAAAGCUUUUCCAUUAUUUGUUCAAGCAAGUAAACACGGUCACGCUGAUGCUGCUUAUCGAGCUGGUGUAUGUUAUGAACAUGGUUGGGGUUGUCGAAAAGAUUAUGCUAAAGCUUUACAAUUUUACAAAAAAUCUGCGUCAGCAAGUCAUCCCGGUGCAAUGUAUCGUAUGGGUAUCGCUGAACUAAGAGGUGAAUGCGGUUUGUCAAAAAAUCUUCGUGAUGGUGUUAAAUGGCUUAAACGAGCUGCUGAAGCUGCAAAUGAUGAAUUUCCACAUGCUUUACAUGAAUUAUCCGAACUUCACGAACGAGGUGUUGAUAAUAUUAUAUAUGUAGAUGUUGAAUAUUCAGUACAAUUACUUAUAGAUGCUGCUGCUUUAAAUUAUGCUCCAUCUGCAUUUAAAUUGGGUGAAAAUUAUGAAUAUGGAAAAAUGGGUUGUCCUCAAGAUCCCGCUCUUUCUAUUCACUAUUAUACUAUUGCCGCCCAACAAGAUCAUCGUGAAGCUUGUUUUGCAUUAACAGCUUGGUAUUUAGUCGGUAGUCCUGGUGUGUUACCACAAAGUGAUGCAGAAGCAUACCUUUGGGCAAAACGUGCUGCAGAGGGUAAUCUCCCUAAAGCCGAAUACGCUGUUGGUUAUUUCACAGAGGUUGGAAUUGGCGUUAGAAAAGAUCCUCUAGCCGCAAAUAUUUGGUAUCGUCGUGCAGCCGAACAUGGUGAUAAACGGGCUCAACAACGGUUAAAAGGUGUUCCGAUUGAUGAUAAGAAACCAAAAAAAGAUGAUUGUGUGAUUUGCUAG